UAAAAAAGCUGUAAUGGGAUUCAUCUACAAAUAUUGCGUAUAUUUUCUAACGCUUUACAUAACGUCAAACAUCGGAUAUAUACAUUGCGCAUCUAUAAAUGACACUAAUGUAUUACUACGUAAUUUAUUAGAUGGAUAUAAUAAAAAUGUUCGACCAGUGGAAAACCAAACCAAUGCCGUUCAUGUAAAUGCAACAUUUGUACUAGUCACUAUUCAAGACCUGGACGAGAUUCGUGGAAUAUUGUCAGUAAUGGGAAUUAUGUCCAUGCAAUGGUAUGAUGCAAGUAUGGUGUGGGAUCCUUUAGCAUAUGGUGACGUAGAAUAUGUGAUGACGUCAUACAAAGAGGUAUGGGUACCCGAGUUGAUUCUCAUUAACCCGGCAGAUGAAUCAGACACUCUUGGAAAGAAGUGGCAGCGAGUUUUCUUUAAUUAUUUCGGAUUUGCUUCAUGGUGGCCAGUUGAUCUAAUUAAAAGCACAUGCACAUUAGAUGUGUACAGAUAUCCUUUUGACACACAAGAGUGUGGCCUCUCAUUUUCUGCAUGGGGAUACUUUUCUGGUCAAGUUAAACUGAAUCCCUCGAGUAAUGAAAUCGACUUGUCGUAUUACAUAGAAAGUUUUACAUGGACGUUAGCAAAAUCUCAAGUGAGAUCAUCCGCUGAUGGUACGGCAUUAGAAUUUAUUCUACAUUUAAAGAGGAAACCAGACUUUGUGAUUGUAAACGUUCUUCUACCAUUAACAUUCCUCAGCUUACUGAAUGCACUUGUGUUCCUUCUUUUACCAGAAUCUGGGGAGAGAAUAUCUUACUGUAUAACUGUGUUGUUAUCAAUAGCUGUAUUUAUGACCAUUGUUAGUGACACACUGCCAAAAAGUUCAGAGCCUGUACCAGUUAUUUCAUACAAGUUGAUGGUUGACAUGAUAACUAGUGCCCUCAUGACUCUCGUUACUAUACUUAAUCUGCGUGUAUAUUAUAGGAAUGACGGUCAGAAUGUUCCUAACUGGUUAAAACAGCUUUACAUAUUUGUGACCUGUAAACGUGCAAAAAAUGGUAUUCAUCGCAAUUCGACUGACGUGGAGAAAAUAAAGCCUGACCGGAAGCUAUCGAUGUUCGACAACAAUAAGAAGACACUUAUGUGGAAAAGAUCAAACGAUGAUGAAUCAAACAACUCACAAACACUUUUUAACCGUAAAAUGUCCGCUAUUUCUGUAUUUAAUGUGGAGGAAAAUGUUCACGAGCCAGUCGAGAACACGUUAGUCAGGAUGAUGUCAGAGGCAGAAGAAAACUCGUUUGACCAUGUUGACGUGUCUUGGAAAAAUAUCAGUAACAUGAUCGACGGAAUCGCAUUCGUUUUCUUCACAUUAAUGUCUGUGUGUAGUUUUAUUGUUUUCUUUGCAAUAACAUUUUAA